AUGUGCAUAGUUUGCAAUCGCAACGCUCGCCGCGACGGUUGGAAACCAGCACCGCUGAGAGGAGAACGUGAGGAGGAGGAUGGCCCACGACCAGGAUACCAAAUCGGACCUCCCCAGAAAACCAUCGUCCAAGCCGCGCCCAGCCACGAUAGCUCCCCGACCUUCGCCGCCUACCAGGUCCCGAAAAUAACCCCCGAGGCGGAAUCUGACCUCCGGCCUCUCCGUCCCGCUUUCGGUUGCGUCGUGUACGACACCACCCCCACCGCCCGCCCAUCCCGCAGUGCUCGGCUCGCGCGCGCCCUAUUUGAACGCACCGAGAUGUCCCGCCGCCGCGAUAAGGGGCCCGACGCGCUAGACCGGGUUGAAGUUGUCACCUUUCCUCUGCCGGAGACUGCCUCAAACGAAGAACGCGCGAACGCAUGCGUUCGCCACUAUGAGCAGGAGCUUCAGAGUCGUCUGGCUAUGGCCGAUAAGGCCGAGAUAGUGUCGUGGUUCCUGCCCGAGCGUUUCAUGGAUAGCUCCUACUCGCGGAUGAUCCUGGCAAUCAACAAGUUUAGAGCGGACGACGAUGACGACGUUGAGGUCGCGUCUUGGGAGCCGGCGCUAGCUGAGAAGGGCAUUGCCAAAUCAUCGAGGACGGCCGAUGAGAGCCCCUAUGGCAGCUAUCUCCUCAUUAAAUGGCUGCCCCAGAAGGAGCUCUUUGCCGAAAUCGACAACCCGGGUCACAAUGCCCAAAAACGUGUUAAUUGUGGUGGUGAGAUUGCAUUCGAGAAUGUUGGCUCAGGCCUCAGGGACGCGACAAAUGAGGUCUCUCUCUUUUACUCUCAUUAUGUGGGUGAUGGUUUACUCAACCACUACUUACAGAAAGCACGAACUGUUUAA